AACAAAGCGCUCCGCAGAGGUGGGCGGUACCGGAGCCUGUGGCUUGCAGCGCUCCUACACGGCGUGGUGACGGAGACGGUUUGCUACUGGGUACCGGAGAUAGACAACUUCUGGCACGCGCAGUCCUCCGUCAUGAUGCUGGGCAGGAGGCUCCCUCUCUACAUCAUGCUCUGCCACCCAGUUUACAACUACAUGUCCAACGUUGCUGCCAGUCGGCUGAAGCUGGGUAUCUUCCCCACGGCUUACGCAGCGGCGCUGGCGGACUCCGUUUCCUUCCACGUGUUUGACAUCAUCGCCAUCAAGCUGCUGUGGUGGACCUGGCACGACACGGAUCCCAGCAUCUACGAGCGACACUUUUGGGUUCCGUUCACUGCUACUCUCUACAGACUCACCUUCUCCCCUACUUUCACCAUACUCUUCUACGGAAUUCAUAAGAUGAUGACGGGAAAACGCAUGCUGCAAGCCGGCAGUUUCCUUCAGGAGGCCGCUAUCGUCAUUCUCACGGGCCUCCUUGCCUUCCCCGCGGCCGUGGCGACACACUUCAUCCCGCUGUACCACAGCCUGCACGACGCGCUGGGCGCCAGCUCCGAGGUCUGCGUCCUCGCCGUCAUCUACCUGUACAUCCUUAUUGUGUGGGCGGCGGACAGGAACGGACCGGAGGAGGGCAGACCCAGGAAGAAGGGUGACCACCCUUGGAAGGACGAACUGGCCCUAGUUGUCCUGAUUAACACCCUGACCUUCGCUGGACUUGCACUGUUCGCUAAACCGGAAACGAUCGUGUCUACGGGCAUCCACGAACCUCUCGGGCCAUGCAAUGAGACAGUACAGUUCUACAAUGCUAUUGGACAGGUUGUAUCGAAGAGGAAGUAUCUGUGUCCCACCGACUAUGACGAGGGCUACAUGGAUUUCCACUGUGUUCCCGGUGGAAGAGCGCCCCCUGGCGUGCACCACUGGUACACCGUGUGCGGAACCCCCCAUGAGAACCAUGCGGAACACAUCACUGUGGUGUGGGGCUUCUGUCUGCUGGGCCUGACCUACUACUACAACCUGCUGGCCUGUUCUGGUCUGGACGAGUCGACCAACAAGAAACACAAAACAAAUUGAUAGAAUGCCACAUUUUUAGUU